AUGUGGAUGUCAGUGCAAGCUUGUCUUUUCCCAGCCUUAUUUGCAGCAGCUCAGAAAGAGGCGACGAGGUUAAAAGCGUUCGCAGACUGGACCGCGUCAGCCUGCAAACGCCUCCUCUCGUCGACGUACUCUCAAGUGCUAGAGUUUGAGAGACCGUCGGCGCUCAAUGCAGCAGCACUAGCUGGUAUAAUGCUGUGCUACCCGUUUGUGUAUGACAUCUUGGAAGACGACAACAACGUCAUAAUUGAUGAUAAGUGGGCCGAGCAGAAGAACAGCCUUGCAAUGUGUCCGCUUUGGCUCUUUCAGAUUAAAGCUGUCGUACUCAGCAAGCAGAUAGAAAUGGCGCUGCAAGAGUUUUCUGUGCCGCAACAUUUGCUCGACAAUGGCACCACUCUGCUCAUAUCAACUGAGAAUGCGCAUGCAAUCGAACGAAAUUGUUUGAUAUCAUCUGGCGUCCGACCUCAAGCCGAUGUUGGCAACCGAAUGCUGCACCGCGUUGCACUGUAG